AUCAAUCUGGAUGACUCAGGACACUAAGUUAAGGAAGGUGGUAAAUUUAUUAUAUGAAAAUUCCUAAUCUGAGGGCAGCUCAUUGAGAUUUCUCUUUUAUCGCAAUAAAACCCCUCAAUCUGUUUCUUUGGAUUAAUUUGGAAGGGUUAAUUGUAUGAUUUCGACCUCUCAUCUCAGUGAUACUUUCAGUUAGCAAAGACACCGUUGGUGACUAUUUAUGUCAUUGGAUACGGGCUACAUUUUAUUACUAUUAUUUGUCUUUUCUCAUAGACCAUAUUAUAUUUUUCUCCCCUGAUGAAUUGCCAUAGUUGUAUUUUCCAUCAUCAUGGAUAUGACUAUUGUUUCUCACAGGCAGGAUCACCAAAUGUUGAAGGAUAGAAGUGAAUCCUUAUUUUCCAAUGCAUCCACAGGAUCUUCUUAUUCUUGCGGCGCCGAACAUGAUGAUCAGUGCAAAUCUGAAAUUCCAUCUCUACCGGUUAGGGAUGAAGAGGAAUGGGAAGAAGCUAGAUGCCCCAUCUGCAUUGAACCCCCUCACAAUGCUGUCCUCUUACUAUGUUCAUUUUGUGACCAACAUUGCCACCCUUACAUGUGUGACACAAGCUACCGCCACUCAAACUGUCUUGAUCAGUUUUGCAAGUCAUCUGGAGCAGCACUAUCAACAGAAGAAGUUAUUUCAAUCACAGCUGAAGAAAGAGAAAGUGAGGAGUGGAUGUCAUCACCCAGAACGAGGUAUAAUGGGAAACAGCUACCCCAGCUUGUGUGCCCUCUCUGCCGGGGACAGAUAAGUGGGUGGGUUGUGAUAGAGGCUGCUCGCCAUUUCAUGAAUUCCAAACCAAGGAGUUGUUCACUUGAGACGUGUGAUUUCAAUGGAAACUAUUCAGAACUCAGGAAGCAUACUAGGCUUGAACAUCCCUCUGUCUGCCCAUCGGAGGCUGAUCCAAAGCGUCUACAGGACUGGACAACGCUGGGGCGUGAAAGGGAUUUUGAGGACUUCUUCAGUGCAAAUAGUCAGUGGUUUGAAGAUGAAUGGAGUGACGAGAGCAUCUUUUCGUUUAUUGGAGGGACGGUGAUGGACCACGAAAGGGAUCUAGAGGGCAUCCAAAGUGCAUACCAAUCAGGGUUUGGAGAUAGCUGGCUUGAUGAUAGCGAUGGGCUUAUGGAUCAUGUUUUGCACCCUUCCCGGUUCUGGCUCAAUUUUCUUUCAUUUUCUCCCUUUGUGGAGCCAAUCGAGUUAGUUAGCUCAAGUGGUGGUGACCUAAAUGGUAACAGCAGAUCAAUAUGGUCAAGGGCAACACAUUAUGCACAGUCAGUCACUCCACAGGGUAGCAAUAUUUCACAGGGGAAUUCACGAGGAUUGGGGCAACAACCCCAGUUGGACCAAAGACAAUCAAGAGAAGCAAGAAAUAGUGGCGAAUCUGGUAACAGCAGAUCAACAAGGUCGAGGGCAACUUAUCAUGCAGCGACCUUCCCUGCUUCUAGACGGAGCAGCAAUUUUUCAUGGGGGAAUUCACGAAGUCUGCGACAACACCGCCGGUUGGACCAAAGACAAUCAAGACGAAAUCACUAGGCAUGACUGCAGUGGAUGGCUUGUUUAGGUCGCACACCGGGCAUGUGUUGGUCAAGAUGCUCGGAUUUCGGUUUUCGCUCUUUCUACUUUCUUCUUGAUUUGCAUGCCCUGAAGGGUGAGAUUUUUAGAGCAUAAAGGAUUUGAAUUUUUUGAUUGCUCAUGCUUCUUUGUUCAUAAAAAUAAUCAUUAUAUUUUUGUUAAUUCUUUGUCUAGGCUUGAUCUAAAGAUGGUUUUUACUACUCUCUUCACUAGAAACCCGAAAUGUGUGUCUGACAUAUGAAGUUUC